AAAGCAAAGUAGCUUCAAUGAAAGAAAAGUUUUAUAUUAAUUCUAUUACAUCCCUAUCUCUUUCUUUUCCUUGUACAAUUUAAUUAAUUAUAUUUAAAAGAAAUGAUAGAAUAUAAGAAAUUUAUUUUAGCAUGUGCUCUUUUAUUAUUCAUAAAUCAACCCGACUAUGUCUCUGCAGAAGGUGUUGCCAUAGGCAAUGCAGACGAGUGUGAGGGUCAUCCUGUUGAAGACUAUCAUUUGGGCAUUCGAAUAGGCUCUAUCUUUAUCAUUAUGGUUACUAGCGCGUUAGGAACAUAUGCUCCUAUUGUCUUACACAGAGUUAGCCCUUAUGAACAUGGUGGCCCUCGUGAUUGGAUCUUGACCGUAGGAAAAUUUUUUGGUACAGGAAUCAUUUUAGCAACUGCAUUUGUUCAUAUGCUUCCUAGAGGCUUUAGAAACUUUUACAGUCCUUGUUUAACUGCAGGCUGGCUUUCUUAUGGUGCCUUUGCUGGUAUCUUUUGUAUGAUUUCCUCAUUUGGUCUUCAAUUAUUAGAAAUUGCAUCUGUAUCUCAUAUGAACAAAUAUAUCAAAAGAAAACGAGAUGCUGAAAUGGGUCAAUCUAUAAAUGAAUUUAAUGAAAAGGUUCCUACUAGUAAUGAAAAACAAAUCAGUCACUCACAUAUGGGUGAUACUCAUGCUCAUGCUCAUAGUGCCUUUUUGGAUGGUGAAGACUCUUAUAAACAUCUCGGAACUUAUAUUCUCGAACUAGGUAUUGCUAUUCAUUCUAUUUUAAUUGGAAUUGCCAUGGCUAAUACGGGCAAUGAUACCUUUAUUACUUUAUUAAUUGCACUUGUCUUCCAUCAGUUCUUUGAAGGUAUGGCUUUAGGUACACGUUUAAAUGAGAUUCCUUUCAAGACUUGGUACAAACCUAUUGCUUUGGGAUUUUUGUAUAUUUGGAUGACGCCCAUCGGUAUUGCAAUUGGUGUUGGGCUUCAUAGUACCUUUAAUUCAAAUUCCUUUUCAUCUGUCCUCUCUUCGGCCAUCUUGGACUCCCUAUCAGCAGGUAUUUUGCUUUAUAAUGCCUAUGUUUCUCUUAUGAGCAUGGAAAUGAGUCAUAAUACUGCCUUCCAUCAAGAAUCCACAGGCCGUAAAACUAUUUGUUUCCUCUCAAUGUACAUUGGAGCUGGUAUCAUGUCAUUGAUCGGAAAGUGGUGUUAAUGAUAAU